AUGGCCUGUGCCAUCAGUAUCUUAAUGAAGGACUUGGCAGAUGAACUUGCUCUUGUUGACGUCAUGGAAGACAAAUUGAAGGGAGAGACGAUGGAUCUCCAACAGGGCAGCCUUUUCCUCAGGACACCAAAAAUUGUAUCCAACCCAGUGGAUAUCUUGACCUAUGUGUCUUGGAAGUUAAGUGGCUUUCCCAAGAACCUUGUUAUCGGCAGUGGUUGCAACCUGGAUUCAGCCUGGUUCUGCUACCUGAUGGGGGAAAGGCUGGGCGUGCAUCCACUGAGCUGCCACAGCUGGAUCCUCUGGGAGCACAGACACUCCAGCGUUCCUGUGUGGAGUGGCGUGAAUGUUCCUGGUGUCACCCUGAAGAAUCUGCACCCUGAGUUGGAAACUGAUGGGGAUAAGGGGCAUUGGAAAGAGGUUCACAAACAGGUGGUUGACAGUGCUUAUGAAGUAAUCAAACUAAAAGGCUACACAUCCUGGGCCAUUGGACUGUCAGUGGCAGGUUUGGCAGAAAGUAUAAUGAAGAACCUUAAGAGGGUGCAUCCAAUUUCUGCCAUGAUUAAGGGGCCCUAUGGAAUCAAGGAUAAUGUCUUCCUUAGUGUCCCUUGUGUCCUGGCAAAGAAUGGGAUCUCUGAUGUUGUGAAGGUGACUCUGACUCCUGAGGAAGAGGCACGUUUGAAGAACAGUGCGGAUACCCUGUGGUAGAUCCAGAAGGAGCUCCAGUUUUAGAGUCUUCCAGUGUCACCACUUCACUGUCUAGGCUUCAGGAGGGGUUAG